GGACAUACACAUAUCAAGGGCCUCCUUUCACUGAGUCCCAGGGACAAUAUUUCUUAUUUACCAUCUGGCAGGACAAACCCGCCCCCUGUCACCUCAUUGCUCUAUAUAAAACGACAAAAGGGCCAGAUGAUAAGAACUUGGUCUCAAGACAAGCCUGGCUAUGCGGUGUAAAGUCCUCAUCUGUGUCGUCCUUCUGACUCUCAUAAAGCAUGUGUCUCAAAGUGAAAUACAGGCCAGCCCGAAUACAAAUGCAACUCUUCCCUGCAAUGUGACGUUCCCUCUUUCUGUAAAGGGGGACAAAAUAGACAAGUCUCUCAUCAAAGUCAGCUGGAUAAGUAACGGCUCUGACAUCGCCUCAUUCGGAGAAGCGGCAACUCAAAUAAAGGAAGGCUUCAGUUGGGAUGCCACUGAUUUCAUCAACGGGGACUUUUCACUGACUGUCCUCAGAGCCGGUCUCAACCUGCAGGGGCAGUAUGAAUGCACCGUCAGCUACAACUCCACAAUGCUGCACUCCAGCAACGUUACAUUCAGUAUCCUCGCUUCCCCCACUCUAUCCAUCCCUCAGCAGUGGGUGGUGUUAGAAACAGAGAGCCACUUUACAUGCCAUGCAGAUGGUUUCUACCCUCCUCCUGUCUCUUUCUCCUGGACCAGAGAUGGGCAAGUGAUUCAACCUCCUUACCACAUUGAAGGUGAACAGACUCCAGAUGGGUACUACAUGGCUGUGGGCAACCUGACCUUCUACCCUUCCCGCGAGGACCAGAACGUGACCUUUGGCUGCAAAGUGUCACACUAUGGCAGCUAUCAAGAGCUGGAUUUCCAACUCAAUAUUACCUACCUUCCUUCUGUUAGACUUGCUGCAGUACUCUCACACUCCAACAACAUUCCUCUCACUCUUUACUGUGACGUGGAGAGUUUCUACCCAGAGGAAGUAUCUGUAUCUUGGCUUCAAAACAGCACAGUCCUCCCUGAGCCCCCCGCCACUGAGGUGAACCCAGAUGGGACUUACAGAACCAGGCACUAUUAUACUUUGAGCCCUGAGCAGAGGGAGCAAGGUGGAAAGGUGGAAUGUGCAGUAAACCAACCUGGGGUAGUGCACCCUGUCAGUGGCUCAGCGUACCUCGAGAAACUCGACCCUCAAGUUGAGGCUCCAGUGUUGACUAAAUCAGCCAAAGCAUCUGUGGCUUUGAUGUGUAUUUCUCUGGUACUGGUCGUCCUGCUCUGCUUUGGUGUUUCUUGGAGAAGAAGGGAUGAGAAAAAGAAGUCUCUGAAUGUGUCAGGGAUCAUUCUCCCUCCACGCGUGAUUGUUGGUCAAAAGGGCAGGGUGACAAUAAGCAUUGAGGGCCGGAGGGUGGACCGAGUCCAGACAGCAUGGUUUCUCAAUGACACCCCUAUCUCUGACACUUCACUCACAGGAACCUCCAAAACUAACUUUAACUGCCUCUAUAACCCCCUAACCACCAUCCAUUUGCCCUAUGGUCUAACUCUCACCUCCCCAGCGUCAGAGAAAGGCCCUCUGCUCCCCUCCAGAGGCGAGACGGGUUAUUACAAGCUGCACACUCUGGGGCCGCUGUACUCAUCUGGAAGUGGCACUCAACAGCUGAUCUCCUCACUCACCUUCAUCCCCCAGAUUUCAAUCCACAAGGGGGCGGUGUUUAAGUGUCAGGUGUCCUACAUGGGCAAAGAUAAGAUCGUGGUGGAGAGGGUGUCAGAGAAGUUUACAAUCUUGUCUGCUCCAGAAGUAUCAGAAAUCCAGCUGGCAGAGACACCAAGUGACUCUGAUGUAAUCAGCAUGACUGUCCUGGCAUCACAUUUCCAUCCGGACGUCAUUACCUUCCGCUGGUUCUGCCAGGGGAGUGAGCUGAGCCCUGUCGCCUCCCAGGCCUCGUCCUCCCCUAGACCCAAUUCUGAAGGAGUCUUUUCAGCCUUCAGCCAGUGUAAACUGCCUCGGAGUGAACUGGAAAAGGGAGGCACUAAAGUGUGGGUCAGUGUCCACCACAUCGCCCUGAAGCAGCCAGUUACCCGUGAGACCAGAGGGUUCAUCAAGAGGCCGUGUGUGUCCGAAAUCGUUGGCUCCACUUCUUCCCCAGAGAAGACUUUGAUCCUUGGAUGUGAAAUCACAGAUUUCUACCCCCCGAACGUAUCAGUCACCUGGCUGAAGCUCAGGGGGGGAGAGCAAGAUGACCGAGAGGAGGAGGUGAUAGUGGGAGGAGAGAUGUGGGGCCCCAUACAGACUCAGCCCAGACUCUACAGGGCCACAGCCACUCUGAAGAGAAGGCCAACAAAUCAGGAGAAAAAGGAGAGAGGAGGAGGGAUUAUUUGUAGAGUCGAGCACUGUUCCCUACACGAGCCUAUUGAGAAACACUGGAGAAAUGUUGACGUUGUUGCUCCCUCCAUUCCUCCAUUGAUCUCGGUCUGUUGGAGCAGUGAAGGGGUUGGUGUGUUCUCUCUCAUGUUGAAGGGAGGUCACCCUAAGGUGAAAUUACUCUGGGCAGCGGGAGGACCCACUCUUUCACCACUGGUAUCCAACGAGACCGAGGAGAUAGGAGACGACGGACAGAGGGAGCUGAAAAGUGUGUGCGCCCUGGAGAGGUCCACAAGCCUGCCAAGUCAGACCAACAAACCGCUGGAGAGACUGAAGAAUGGACAUGCAAUAAAAACAAAAGCUGCCGUCACAGACCCUGACACUGAAGGAAUAGAAUACAUCGAUGAAAAGGUGGAUGAAGAGAAUAACAACAUUGACAGGGACGAGGAAACCAAGUCAGAAGUGGAUGAGGACAGUGUCAAAGAAAGAGAGCAAGGCCCAGGAGCACUGCACAUCAACAGAAUCAACUUGACGAAGGGUCCCAGAGGAAAUGAGAGAGCACGUUUGAGAGUCAGCGUGGAGAUCACACACCCUGCACUCAAGCUUCCUGUUUAUCGAACCUGGACAGAGCCCAAUGAGGAAAUUUCAUCUUCUACAUUAAAGCCCUGAUGUGUGCAAGAGUGCUUUUCGAUCUCAUAUAUCAAAUAUAUAUCUCUAUAACUUUAAAUAUGAAGUAGUAUGUUUUUAAGGAUAUCCAACUGUCUUUGAUGUAGUUUUGCUUCCAACAUUUCUGUGUCUUUAUUUAUUAUUUUAUAUUCUUAAUCUGUCCCUGUUACUUUUUUUUCUAACUUCAUGAUUUUUACAUAUGGUAUUUUUGUACAAAGAAUUUUUGCAAUAAUAAUCCACUUCUGUGGAUUUUUUAAAAAUCAGCUUUGGAAAAUAAAAUCUAAAUAAUUUUUUUUGGAGAGAUGUUUCUUUAGAUUUUGUUUUUGUCUGUGAAAAUGAGUCAACAGGCAAAGUUCCGUGUUCCAAUAUCUGUUGUUGGUCAACCUCUGAAAUAAGUUCUCAUUUUAAAAUACACUUCUGGUUUUUUUCUGUUGCACUCUGACCACAGGAAUAUCACUUCACUGUGCUGAGAAGAGGAGGUGCUGCGUGGUUGAUGUUUAAUUUAGAACUUCCUCCUCUCCGAUUAUUCAGCAAACAUACCAUGGCUGUCAACAACUAGAAACAUACAUGUUGUAAAAUACAGUUUUCAUUCCUUGUACAUAAAAUUAGGUUAAUCUGUAACAUGCCACCUAAAAUUCUAGCAACUUCCAUACAUGUUGCAUACACUGUACAUUUACCAUACUAGCACACACUUACUGUAUGUUUUCUAUUAAUUUCAUGUAGUAGGCUACAUGACCAAUACAAACUGAAUACAGCUAGUCAACUAUAAUAAAUAUGCAGUUUGUAGUUAGUAUUGUUCAAGAUAAGUGACCUACUGAAUAUCAUUUGAAACAAAAUUAUUGGCCGAAUAAUUUAAUAAUUAAGAUUUCAUGACAGGGAGGGCUGAAUAAAAAUAUUAAACAUCUAAACAUUCAAAUAUUCACAAAGACAGAAUCUUUUUAAUUGUAGACCUUAAAGCGAGCCUAUGUAACUUUUGCAGAAGAGUGGCAUUAAUGGUAAAUAUUUAAAGUGUUCUUUUCAAAAGAGUACUUUUCCUCGAUUUAGCAUUGAACCUCGAUAACAGUGACCAUGAGGAUCACAAUCAAUGCACCAGAACCACAGAUAGUCUCUUUUUUUUGUUAUCUUUUUCCUUAUCAUUCUUAUUAAAGACAUUAUCAGAUGUUGCACAGCUCUGUCUGUCUCUGGCUUUAUCUCUUUUUCCCCAGUAGUAGUAUUACCCCACACCUGCAACAGAUUUUUGAUAGAUGUACAAAAUGUUCGACUACUGUGAAGUGUAACAGUAUAGCACAAGUAGAGGAGAGUAUAGAGAGACACAGCUACUUGACUCAGUAAUGUCAACAACAACAAUAUAUAAUGUUAAGUUUGCUAAUGUAAACUCAAAUUAGCCAUCAUGAGCUGGUCAUACCAGACCAAGUACAGUUGUGGCAGCAAAACCCCUAUUGAACUCUAAAAUGCUGUGUUUCAGUAUUUAUGCGUUCAACUUUUCAUUUGUUCAAGAAUGUAGACCUAUUAUUUUUACUUUGAAAAUCUGCUUCAAGCAAGCAAAUCAUUAGAAUUAAAUUGCUGUGGGUGGAAUAUUUCUGACUUGAACAUCAGGAAACCAAAUGCAAGCCUGCACUGUUAUGUUCUGUUUGGGUAAAAGGGACUUCAUAAUUAAGA